AUGCAGUCGAUAACAUUUCCUGGAGUGAAUUAUGGACUCCAGGUUGGUGACAACUCUGGCCAUAUUUCCGCCGAGUUCCACCUUCCUCCAGUGCGACCUGAAACACCACCAAAGCCCUUCUCCACCAUCCCAUUUGCUCGAGAUGACGACUACGUUGCCUGUGGCUCGAUACUAGACGACAUCCAUGCGAGGUGUGCAAGACCAGCAUCGAGGACAGCGCUUGUGGGGCUGGGUGAUGUUGGGAAAUCGCAAUUAGCAAUUGAAUACUCCUAUCGCGUGCGCGAAGAAUCGCCUGAUACGUGGGUUUUCUGGGUCCAUGCUAGUAACGCAUCACGUCUUGAGUUGAGCUACCGAGAGAUCGCCGACCGUCUCGAGCUUCCUGGACGGCACGAUGCUACGGCUAACGUCCUCCAGCUGGUAAACAACUGGCUUUAUAAUUCGAAGCACGGGAAAUGGAUUUUGAUACUGGAUAAUCUGGAUGAUGAGGGUUUGCUUGAGGAGCCGUUGCAAAAUGGCCAGACAAACGACGCUGGCAGCCAAACGAGCACACUGAAGAGACCGUUGUUAGGACUGCUCCCUCGCUGUCCUCACGGGGCGAUCAUCUUCACCACGCGAAACAAGGCGGUGGCACUGAAAUUAGUUAGCGACCGCGACAUCCUCCACAUCAACCCGAUGGAUGCACCAUCCGCACUUGCCCUUCUACGCAAGAAGCUUAGCAUCAACACGGCCGAUGAGGAAGAGGCGGGAAAGCUUCUCGAAGCGCUCGAAUUUAUGCCACUGGCAAUAAUCCAAGCCUCUGCUUUCAUGCAGUAUCAUGCUCCGAGGUACUCCAUUGCGCGGUACUUGAAGGACUUUGAGAAUAAUAGUCAUAUUCUGGACCAUGAGGCUGCCCAGCCUCAACGGGAUUAUGAAGCAAGUAAUUCCAUUCUGAGAACGUGGCAGAUAUCCUUCGACUAUAUCCGACAGUCCAGACCAACUGCAGCAGACCUUCUGUCUCUGAUGAGCUUCUUUGAUCGGCAGGGAAUACCGGAGAUCUUACUCAGAAGCACGCCACGAGCGCAGGAAGGAGAUGGCAACGUUACCCAGUGUGAGAAUGAGUACGGAGUACCGAGGAAAACGGCUGAUAGCGCCUUCGAAUUUGAGCAUGACAUCCGUAUGCUGAGAGAGUUCUCGUUCAUCGCGAUCAGGCGAGAUCCCCAGAUAUUUGAGAUGCACAGACUCGUUCAACUUGCUAUAAAAGGGUGGCUGGAAAGGGAGGGCCUCGUGUCACGCUGGCAAGGCAGAUCCAUGAACAGCCUCGAUCGCAUUUUCCCAUUCCAAGCCAAAGAUCAACCAAAGUACGAGUUCUUAUACCCUCACCUCAAUAAUGCAGUCGCCGAAAGGCCAAGCCUACCAACAUUGAUGCCUAACUGGAUCUCCCUGCUCAUGAAAGGUGUGACUCAUGCGGCAUAUUGCGGGGACUAUAGGGACAUGAAGCAGAUGGCGUCAACGCUCAGAGAGGCAAGUGAACAGCUGUUCGGCUCGGGGAACCUGAUGGCUACUUUUGUUAAUGAGAUGGAAGCUCUUGUCUUACAGUACCAACACAACCAGGAGAAGCUAGUAGCGCGCCAUCUGCAAACAAUCAAGUCAUGUCAGGAGCUCGGUGGGGAAACCCAUUACCUGACAUUAGAGGCCAUGGAUUCACUCACAGAUGUCUACCUCAUGCAAGGUCGACUGCAACAGGCCGAAGAACUAGGAGCCAAGGUACUUCAGAGUAGCCGACAAGUAUACGGCUACACUCAUCAUGUGACAGUAUCCGCUUCGAAGACUCUCCGACGAGUUUACAUCAGACAGCGGAGAUGGAGGCAGGCCGAGGAGCUAGCUUUGCAGGACAUCCAGGUCGCGAAGGAAUUGCUGGGUGAUGAACAUUCGAGAACCUUUGAGGCUGUCGAAGAGUUGGGACAACUGCACAUGAUGCAAGGCAAAUGGUAUGAUGCCCAAAGUCUGCUGAUGUCUUUGGUGGAAGCAAAAAAGCGACUCCUAGGCAGCAGGGAUCCGUCCACUCUAGGUUCGAUGGGCCUGCUCGCAGAAGUGUACGAGGGUCAGGGUCGACUGGUAGAGGCGAGGAGACUGUAUACCCAUGUGCUUCAAGUCCAGAAAGAAGAGCAUAGGGAGGACGAAUCUCUCACAACCAGAUUCAGAGCAAUCUUGCAACGCAAGCACGAUGACUCAAACGAAACUACAUCCCUCUACCAACGCAUCGUCAAGAUUUUCCAGGGGCCUUUGCGUGAGCAAGUAAUGGAGCUCAUGGUUGCCCCAUGGGCUCCAAAAACGACCAGCCUAACAGACCACUUGGGAGCGUUGUACUACAGCCAAAAGAAGUGGGAGGCUGCAGAGAAGGCUUUUCUAGAAGCCCUGACAACUCGGUUGGAGACCUUGGGAGAAGCACAUCUUGAUACGAUUACUACUAGAGGAAACCUCGGGGCUGUAUAUAUCGAACAAAUGCGCUGGACAGACGCUGAAGGUGUGUUUGUGCGGAAUCUUGACAUGCUUUCUAACCAAAGCCCACGGUCGGAAGAAGUGCUCAGUGCCGAGAUCAAUGCUAGGAUGAAGCUGGGAAUCAUUUAUACUAAACAAGAGAGGUGGAAAGACGCAGACAUAGAAUUCAUGCAAGCUCUCGAGAGGAACAGUGAAAGUCAGCGACCUGGGGACGAGUAUUCCCCAACUCUGUCAACCGCAAUUGGGCUAGAAGCGCGACACUCCGGUGAGAAGCGAUUGAUGGAUGCAGUAAGACGGUUUAUGGACUUCAUCAACAGCCGGGAAUUGACUCUCAGAGAAAAGCACCCACGAGCUGUCGUUGUCAGCAGAGAGCUCCUGGAGCUGAUGGUUAUGAUGCUGAAUGAUCUGCAAACAGCACACGACCGGGAGGUCGCAACGUUAGAGCUCAUGAAACAGGCUGCUUCUGUCACAGCUUCUGUCCAACAGAUUCAAGACCUUCAAAGUCUGCACACGGAACAUUCCCCAGUCUUGGAGAAGGUCGGCUCUAUUAUACAGACAAUGGAAACGCUGAUGAGUGAGCUGGAUGCCAAUCCUCAAGGAGACAAAUCUGAGGAAUGGAGUUCCUACUUUGGUUGGUUGCUACUAGUUUCCAUCCUCGUCGGCGGCCUUGCCUUCUUCCUCUGA